AUGGCCACCACCAACACUGCAUGCGGAGGCCAGGAUGAGAGAGAUAUAGACGGCCCUCCCAUAACAACUACGACUCAGCAUCUCGAAGGCGAAUGGGCUCCCAUCCAGAAUCCCCGACAAGUCUCUGGCCGGACUCUUAGGAGAUCGUGUGACCGCUGCCACCAGCAAAAGCUCCGAUGCGUAGGGAGCAAAACAUCGUUAGAAGCCUGCGCACGAUGCCAACGCUUCGGCGUCGAGUGUGUUUACAACCCCCGGUCUAGCAAGCAGACCAACAAAAACAAAGCCGGAAGCCAGAACGUUGCACAAAACGAGCCCAUGACACCUGUCAUAAAUCAACAACCCCCGAGCAACUAUGGGGCAUUUGACCCCGAUCAGCUGCAUCUAGACAGCUUCUUCCCAUCUGCUUGGGAUGCUAUAACCACCCCGCCUCUGACUGGUCAUACUCUGGCGGCACAUUCACACAGUAGCAGUGCGUCGAUGCUAUCAACGAGCACAGGGCCCGUUUUCUCAACCAAGUCGGGGAUGGACGAACAUGUUGUUCUGAGCCCUCCAGAAGUAUGCAAGUCGGGCAACAGCGACUCGUCCGAUAAACUUGCGAGCAUAUGCCAGACACUAGAAAAUCUACUCAAAACGGUAACGAGUGAACAGACAGGCCAAGGCGAACAAUAUUCUGUCGGCGAGAUAUUCAACGCCUUUGAAUGCUUCAUAUGGAUCGUGGCGGUCGACCGGAGACCUCGGGCCCUAUCGCAAGAUCCCAACACAUCCUUUGACAACCACAUAGACGGCAAGCAAGCGUUCAAGGCAGCGCAAUGCUACAUGCUUUGUAUAAGGCUUUUAGCCGCGCUUUCGGAAAAAAUGCUCCAGAACCUGUUGGCAUCACCCACGCCCGCACAACGCCCAACAUUUGGUCUAGGCACGCCCGACUCGACGCAGUUCAGUAGCGGCCCGCUGGGUGACAUGGUGGAGAACUUUCGGAUGGAAGACCUAUUUGCCGCCCCCACGGAAUCGUACGAGCAGGCUGCCGAGUCCGCCGCUAACAUGCUCCGCGUCGGCACCCGGCUCAUUGGGAAAAUGGAGCAGCUGCUGGACAUCCCUUCCGACCUGGCGGUGGGCACCAUGCCGUCGGCGGGAGAACAGCCAGGCAUCGACCAUCAGCGAAGGAAGCGGUCGCUGCCGGCGCGCCUCGUCGUGACAACGUGGGAUCACGAGACGAGUGUCGGUAACAAAUGCGCAGUAACGAAUUUCAGGCGCUAUCGCGCCGCCAUCUUGGGUCUUAUCCAAGGCCAUGUGUGA